AUGGAAUGCCGAUUCCGCAGUGGCAAAUCAGGUAUUCAAUCCCACAAGUGUGCUGAAUGGUACGAGACUUGGAUUGAACAGCAAUCUACCUCUAGCACCGUUGAGGCUUUCUGUUCGAGCGCAGGGACAAUCUCCAAGGCUGGUAUCUACACCUGGACUUUUCCUCAACUUGCCCCCGCCAUCACUACUACUGCCACAACUACUGUUACUGUGACUGCCCAUGGCCAGCCUUCGAUCUCUGUCAGGCCAUUGGUGCAAGUUAUCCCGGGACAGCCAUGGAAUGCCUAUGUUACAAAAUCUUUCUCCAAACCGACCAGCUUUCACUUCGAAGUCCGCAUUACCAAGGUUAUCAACAUACAUGUCCCUUAUGUCACUCGAUCUACCGAUCCCCCUCGUAGAGUUGCAGUCCCAACACAGGUCGGUGGCAGUCACCACAAUGAAGGAAGUGCCUGGUGGCCUAUUCCUGGAGGAGAUGCGAGCUGGUUCCAACCUAGCAAUGAUGGCCAAGCCUGGCGAGACUGGAUUCCAACAGCCUCGUCAGGAAGCUCUUCGACCAGUGGCCGAACCCAGACAAGCACAACAAGAUCUACAACAUCUCCAGGAACGAGCAGCCAGACUAAUGCGUCCACAACAUCUCUAUCUACCAGCGCCACCACUAGCACUUCAUCUUCUGAAAGCACCGCGACUAGCACUUCAUCAUCUGGAAGCACCGCGACUAGCACUUCAUCAUCUGGAAGCACCGCGACUACCAGUUCGUCCUCCUCGUCCUCUAGCACCAUCACAUCGACCGGCACCACCUCUACUACUGUCAUCACUCCCACUGGAUCAGGUUUCUACCUCCAAAUCAGCGGAACCCCUGUGACAGCCUCUCUCCGAGCUAGAGAGACCGUUGUAGGGUAUCUAGGGUUUGACUCUUCCAACAAUGGUAUCGUGGUCGACGACCUAUCCUUGGCAGCCUUGGUGUUUAGAGGCAACGACGGCACGACCUUCUUCUCAAACGGCCGAUUCCUUGGAACUGCCAGUCGCAUCACAUCUUUAGUCCAGCGCUUCUUGGAUUUUCCCACUGGGUUUGCCGUCUGGGACGUUGUGGGUAUAUUCGCACAGUUAAGAGAUACAGCAGGAUUUUGCUUUAACAAUGGUUUCGUUUAUGCUUAUCUUACGUCAGAUCUAUGUGAAAAUCCGGUUGUCAUUAUUCCGACGAACCCAGCUACAAGCACAACUAUUACAUCUUCUGGUACGUCCAGUGGUACUUCCACUGGUACUUCCACUGGUACUUCGACUGGCGCUUCUACUGGUACUUCAACAGGCGCCUCCACUAGUACUUCUAUCUCGACUGGCGCUUCUACUGGUACUUCCACUGGCGCUUCCACUGGCGCUUCCACUGGUACUUCCACUGUUUCCACUAGUAUAUCGACCGGCACUUCCACUGGCACUUCCACUGUUUCCACUGGUACAUCGACCGAAUCUUUAACUGGCACUUCUACUGACCCAGCUACAAGCACAACUAUUACAUCUUCUGGUACGUCCAGUGGUACUUCCACUGGUACUUCCACUGGUACUUCGACUGGCGCUUCUACUGGUACUUCAACAGGCGCCUCCACUAGUACUUCUAUCUCGACUGGCGCUUCUACUGGUACUUCCACUGGCGCUUCCACUGGCGCUUCCACUGGUACUUCCACUGUUUCCACUAGUAUAUCGACCGGCACUUCCACUGGCACUUCCACUGUUUCCACUGGUACAUCGACCGAAUCUUCAACUGGCACUUCUACUGGCACAUCCACUAGCACAUCCACUGGCACUUCUACUGGCACUUCUACUGGCACUUCCACUGGCACUUCCACUAUUUCCACUGGUACAUCGACCGGCACUUCCACUAGUGUAUCGACUGGGGUAUCGACUGGGGUAUCGACCAGCACUUCCACUGGUGUAUCGACUGAAACUUCAACUGGUUCUUCUACUGGAUUGUCAACUGAAACUUCAACUAGCACUUCUAUAUCGACUGGCACUUCGACUGGUGUAACGACUGGCACUUCUGCAUCGACUGACACAUCGACUAGUACCCUGUCUACCACGGCUACAAUCUCUCAGACGACAACUAGCGCACCAAGUACCACCACUUCGUCCUCACCAAUCUGUAACUUGAACAUCAACGUCUGUCUGGACUCCCCAUUGAUCACGGCAAAUUCAGUCGCUACCUAUAAUUGUCCGCUCCUCUUUGGCGUUCUAUGCACUUUGAACGACCUCCUAUCUGCUAUACCUCAAUUUUUAGGACUGAACCCGAACGUCCUUUCUAUCCUCGUUGGUAAUAAUCAAGUCAUUGGUUUAAGCCUCACGCCUGAACAGGUAUCAGCCGCAGUGGACCUAGGAGAAUUGGACAAUCCGGUAUGCGACCUCUUAGGAGGCCCAAUCAGUGUUGUGCUUCUGGACCCAACGUGCCCUAACCCUCCUACGACAACGAGCUCUUCGAGCAUCACAACCCUGGCGACGUUGUCUACCUUAUCAUCUACAAGUACCCCACAGCCGACAACAACUACACUGGCGACAACCACCACGGUUCCUACAACCCUGUCCACUACUACCACAACACCAGAGCCACCAACAACUACACUGGCGACAACCACCACGGUUCCUACAACCCUGUCUACUACCACAACAACCACGUCAGCUGCUGCAACAAGCACCACUGCAGCUUCUCAGUGUAAUGCGCAGGUGCAAUUCUGUGAGGCUCUGGUAUCAGCCGCAGUGGACCUAGGAGAAUUGGACAAUCCGGUAUGCGACCUCUUAGGAGGCCCAAUCAGUGUUGUGCUUCUGGACCCAACGUGCCCUAACCCUCCUACGACAACGAGCUCUUCGAGCAUCACAACCCUGGCGACGUUGUCUACCUUAUCAUCUACAAGUACCCCACAGCCGACAACAACUACACUGGCGACAACCACCACGGUUCCUACAACCCUGUCCACUACUACUACAACACCAGAGCCACCAACAACUACACUGGCGACAACCACCACGGUUCCUACAACCCUGUCUACUACCACAACAACCACGUCAGCUGCUGCAACAAGCACCACUGCAGCUUCUCAGUGUAAUGCGCAGGUGCAAUUCUGUGAGGCUCUGGUACUUCCAUGGAUUGUGAAUCUCCAGGCCUGCCCCAAUGUCCUUGGAUGUUCCAACGCCCAAAUGCAAGCUUUCGCUAACUCAUUUAUCGGGCAACCGGGUGUCCAGUCGGUCGCGUAUGCCAACAACAUCGCCUACGGUUUCAGUCUGACAACUUCUGAAUUGCAACAACAGCUCGGCCUCCUUGGACCUAUCAACUCGCUCUGCACCAUAGUCAAUAUUUUUACAUUGGAGAUCUCAGACGCCACUUGCCCUGCCACAGCUCUGCCACCGCGACAAUGCAACGUGGAUGUUUCCUUUUGCCUGUUACAGUCUCUCGGAUCGGCAGGAAUCACAUCCGGCACCUGCACUAAUGGUUCGGCCUGCCUGGCGUAUGGAAACAACUUGCUUGUACCGCUUACUGCAACUCAAUCCGUGGCGCAAAUUCAGGAAACAAUCGCUACAUAUGCUUUGAGCAAUGUUUGCCUGCCAGGAACCACAGUCACUCUGAAUGACUCAUCAUGCUAA